AUGAGAGAGAGCACCCCCCUGAAUCGCCCUGCAUCCCCCUGGAUCCCCUUGCAUCCCCCCUACACCCCCUGCGCCCCCCUUGAUCCCCCUGCAUCGCCUGCGUCCCCUGCCCCCCCCCCCCUGCAUCCCCUGGAUCCCCCUGCACCCCCCUGUAUCCCCCUGCAUCCCCCCUACACCCCCUGCGCCCCCCUUGAAUCCCCUGCGUCCCCUACAUCCCCCUGCACCCUCCUGGAUCCCCCUGCAUUCCCAUACACCCCCUGCACCCCCCUGGACCCCCCUGCAUCCCCCUACACCCCCCUGGAUCCCCCUGGAUCCCCCUGCAUUCCCCCUGCAUCCCCCGUGAGUAAAUCGUGCUGCGCAAUUCAUUCAUCCAUGGAUCCAUUCACUUAUGAUGCUUGUAACUCGACUCGUAGAAAUAUCCUCCUAUUUCAGUUACUCCAAACGUGUAUAACUGAGCAGGAAUAG